GGCAAGGAAGACAGGAAAGGAGAAGCUAAUUGAAAUAAAAUACCAAUGCAAAGUCCAGGACCUGAAGGAAGGGCCGGGGCAGAGGUGGCAGCAGCAGGAGGUGCCGGUGUGAGGAAGCCUGUGAGCGCCCAGAGCCUGUUCCUCGGAGGAGGUUGUUUCUCCCUCCAAGGCCCAGAGUCUGUGAGAGGCUUAGCAGGAGGGUCUGUGACGGUUCAGUGUCACUAUAGCAGAAGAUGGAAGACCUACAAUAAAUGGUGGUGUCGAGGAGCAAGCUGGUAUGUGUGUGAGAUCCUGGUUAAAACCAGAGGGUCCGAGCAAGAAGAGAGGAGUGGCCGGGUGUCCAUCAGGGAUGAUCCGAGAGCUCAGACAUUCCAGGUGACCAUGGAGAGGCUCAGGCAAGAUGACGCGGACACUUACUGGUGUGGGAUUGAGAGAAGUGGAACUGACCUUGGGACAUCAGUGAAAGUGGCCGUUGACCCAGUUGUUCACCAGUUAACCGGAAUACACCCUCUACUACUCACCAGAGCCCCACUCUCUGAUCACCCUAAUCACUGGGCACCCCAUCUUCAGAAUCUUCUGUCCUUGAGCCCAGCUUGGGUUCCACCUGAGUGGAAAGGACCAGGGAUUUUAUUUUCUGCAUCACUGACGGGAACAGUCACCAUGUCCUCCAAACCACUGGCUGGAUCUAGUGAGGACAGCAGCAUGGGGGUGUCCUCUGGGUCCUACAGAAGACUUCCGGAAUUGCUUUUGAGAGUGGCAAGAACCAUGCAGACCCACUACAUACUCCUGGUGUUUGUGAAGGUGCCCAUCUUGCUCAUCUUGGUUGGUGCAGUCCUCUGGUUGAAGGGGCCACAGAGGGUCCCCGAGGAGCAGUGGGAACACCCUACCUGUGUGAAUUUGAACUCAGAACUUUUGACCAACGAUAAGACUCCUUCGAGAGAUGGAUGUGCAGAGACUUCUCACCUUGGAGCAGAGAAGAGGGCCCUGGAAAAAAAAACCCUAUAUCCUGAGGGCACAGCAAAUGGCCACACGUGGAGAGCUGGCUAGACUCCUCCACUCUGCCCAGCUCAGAGCCAUCGUGGGCACCUGCAGGGCCAGCAGCCUGCUCCCAUUUCUUCGGGCGGCAGACACCCCGUGUCGCCAGGGGCAGCUCAUGGCCAGGGGCCGCUGAGACAGAGCCCAGCCUUGCAUGGCCAUGUCCUGUGCUGGGAAAACUCAGGCAGAGCCUAGAUGAAAGCGCAGGCGAGAGGUGGAAAGACCAGCUCACCGCCCUCCCUGCCUGAGUGCCUGAAGUAGGAUUUUAGAAACUCAUUUUUUCCUUCAGUUGGUCUGGUUGGGUUUUGAUGGCUCAUGGCCACGAGCCUCUGACUAAGGCCCGGUCCUCCUCCAGGGGCUGGUUCUGUGGCGAGUCCCUGGUUCUGGGGCACGAGUUUGGGUGUCCCCUCCUCCGAGGAGGACAGGGCUCUGAGUCCACACUGCUGGAGCGAUGGCUUCCUCUCCCUCCUCCUCCUCUUCCCCAUCCUCCCACACACCUCUUCUCUCCCUUCUCUCCCUCCUCCUCUUCCUCCUUCUCUCCCUCCUCCUCUUCCUCGGGGUUGACCUGAGCCCCUGCCAUGAGCACAGCUGCUGGGGCUUCUCCUCAAAGACCCCACUGAACCUUGGGAGCCCCCUCAAGUUGGGGGUGUGGAUAAUGAAAAUUAUCCCGGGGGAAUGAUGCUGUCUCUUAAAUAAAGCUUUUAGAAAAAUAAUUCAGUAAUUUAAAAGUCUGAGAGAAGAGACAUCUGUAAGGCCUCACCCACAGCAACAACACUUCUGAAUAGGUUGCUUAGUGCCAUGAGGGUCAGGGGCCUUCACUGCAGAGAGAGCUUCUCUUCACGUGAGGAGAAACAGGCCCACCAAGAUGUGUCCCCCGCACCUGAGCACAAACCCCUGUCCAACCGCACAGGUUCGGUUCCCCAUGCCCACCCUGCUCUUCGUCAGGACAGUGGGCAGCAAGGGGCUGGUGCCAUGGGAGGGGACCAAGGAGAGGGUGCACCUGAUCCUGGCUUGGGAUCUGGAGCCUGCUCUCCCACCAAGACUGUGAGCCCCUCUUGUCCUUCAGCGAAGCGAGUUUUCUCUGCGUUUGAGUUUGGUGCAGGGCUCUGGCCCAUGAGGAGCCCAGAAGGAGAGAGAGGGAGCCUGGAUGAGGUAUUGGGUCAUUGUGUUGGGGAUCUGGGCCCACCGUCCACUGGCUGCAGAUGCUUGCCCCAUGACCAGGCCCUGGGUCCAGCUGCCUGAGACCCAGCG